GGGCGCAUGCGCGCUGCGGGCGCUGGUGUUGGACAGCUGGCGCCGGCCGCAGCCCCGGGGAUCGCAGGCGGCUGCCGCGGCGGCCCGGAGCCGGCUUCGCUGCAGGGAGCCGCAGCAGCUGCCACCCCAGCAAGGAAGAAACGUUGACCGCCGAGGGACCCUUCCUCACUUUGGGAAAUGGCAGGCGAAAUCACAGAGACCGGGGAGCUCUAUUCUCCCUACGUGGGACUGGUGUAUAUGUUCAACCUCAUCGUGGGCACCGGUGCGCUCACCAUGCCCAAGGCCUUUGCCACGGCCGGGUGGCUGGUCAGCCUGGUGUUACUGGUAUUCCUGGGCUUCAUGAGCUUCAUGACGACGACCUUUGUGGUGGAGGCCAUGGGGGCGGCCAACGCUCAACUCCGCUGGAAGAGGAUGGAAGCCCGCCAGGACGAGGAAGACGACGACUCAUCCUCCUCGGCCUCCGACAGCGACGUUCUCGCCCAGGACAGCUACGAGCGGGCGGAGAAGCGGCCCAUCCUGUCUGUGCAGAGACGCGGAUCAAGCCUUUUCGAGAUCACAGACCGGGUGGAGAUGGGACAGAUGGCCUCCAUGUUCUUCAAUAAAGUGGGGGUCAACCUGUUCUACUUCUGCAUCAUCGUCUACCUGUACGGGGACCUGGCCAUCUACGCCGCAGCCGUGCCCUUCUCCCUCAUGCAGGUGACCUGCAGCGCCCUGGGCAACGACUCGUGCGGCGUGGAGGCCGACGCCAAGUACAACGACACGGACCCAUGCUGGGGGCCCCUGCGCCGCAUGGACGCCUACCGCAUCUACCUGGCCGUCUUCACGCUCCUCCUCGGCCCCUUCACCUUCUUUGACGUCCAGAAGACCAAGUACCUGCAGAUCCUGACAUCCCUAAUGAGAUGGAUCGCACAACCGGGGCAGAGUUGCUUCCUGCCCCCUACCUGUCCAGGAGAACAGAGCCACCCAUCCUCGGCCUCCAGCCCUGGCCUCAGCUCCCCCAGCAUUGGUCCCCGCCUUCACCAUCAUGAUCGUGCUGGCCCUGGUGCGCAUCGCGCAUGGGCGCGGGGAGGGGCGCCCGCCGCUGGCCGACCUCUCGGGCAUCCGGAACCUGCUGGGCGUGUGCGUCUACUCCUUCAUGUGCCAGCACUCCCUGCCAUCGCUCCUCACCCCCGUCUCCUCCAAGCGCCACCUCACGCGCCUGGUCCUGCUGGACUACGUGCUCAUCCUGGCGUUCUACGGGCUCCUCUCCUUCACUGCCAUCUUCUGCUUCCGCGGCGACAGCCUGCUGGACAUGUACACCCUCAACUUCGCGCGCUGCGACGUGGUGGGCCUGGCCGCCGUGCGCUUCUUCCUGGGCCUCUUCCCCGUCUUCACCAUCAGCACCAACUUCCCCAUCAUCGCCGUGACCCUCCGCAACAACUGGAAGACGCUCUUCCACCGCGAGGGGGGCACGUACCCCUGGGUUGUGGACCGCGUGGUGUUCCCCACCAUCACCCUGCUGCCCCCCGUGCUAGUGGCCUUCUGCACCCACGACCUGGAGUCCCUGGUGGGCAUCACGGGGGCCUACGCGGGCACGGGCAUCCAGUACGUCAUCCCGGCCUUCCUGGUGUACCUCUGCCGCAAGGACACCCAGCUGGCCUUCGGCUACGGGACCGUCAACAAGCACAGGUCCCCCUUCCGCCACACCUUCUGGGUGGGCUUCGUACUGCUCUGGGCUUUCUCCUGCUUCUUCUUUGUCACCGCCAACAUCGUCCUCAGCGAGACCAAGCUCUGACGGCAGGACGUGUCUGGUGACCAGCGGGGUAGGGGCCCCCGACUGGCAGAGCCCAGGGCUCGUGGCCUCCCUGGGCUCAGCGGGGCAGGCAAGACCCGGGCUCUUGGAGGGGACCUUCUCCCCACGCAGGAUUCCACACAGCCUGCACCUGGGGUCGCUCUCCUCCAGGUCCUCUCGCCUGGGGCCGCCCCCGGCCAGCCAAGGCCCGUAGCAGGGCCACGCGGCCGCCCCCAGGUUCUAGGACCGGUUACUGGGAUCGAGGCCUCGGCUUGGAGAGUGGAGAUGCAGUGCUGGUGCUGCCACUGUUUAUACCAGACACGGGCCCCCCCCUCCCAGCCCAUCCUGCAUCUUCGUCUGGGAAACCUGCUCCAUCAGGGCAAGCCCAGGCCCCUCGCCUCCUCCCCACGGGGCCUGGCAGGGCUCACCUUCCCGCCAGGCCUGGAGGUGCCAAGCACCUCUCCUAGGGGAGCGCCAGGCCAGCCAGUGACAAGGACCAGACGUGCUAAUCGGCCCCAGGGGCCCCAGACCAGAGCAGCGAGGGCCACGCGGAGGGCGCCAACACCUGUCCCGGGCCCCUGAAUCCACGAUGACUCCGGAGCAGCGGGCGGAAGCAGCCCUUUCCUCGCAGACACAGCAGCCCCACAGAUCCCCGGAAGGGAUCUGUGGGCCUCCUGCAGUGCCAGGGCUGGGGGGGCAGGGGCCAGCGUUCAAGGGGCACUGGAGGGGAGCGACCCCCGGCUGUCACCUCCGUGGCUGGGAGCACCCCAGGCAUGUAGCCCAUGGUUCCCGUAAGACCUCCCGUAAGAGAGGUCGGGCCUGCCCCCCGAUGUCCCUGUCCCCCCUCCAACACUAACAGGGGCUCCCUUUCGAGCCGGGCUGUGGGUACAGCCCGAUGUUCAUGGUCUCCAUGUCCCUUGGGCGCCAUGGGGUGAGAUAGGGCCCUGCUCACCCUUCCCAUGGAAGGAGGGCCAGGUUCCCCGGGCACCUCACCAGCUCCACGUGGUACCCCCCCACACACACACAAUCAUGCAUGCACCUGUUGGGCCAGCCUCCCUUAGAGACACGGGUGACUCGAAUGAACUGCAUUUUCAACGUGCCUUCUCCUGCUUCAGGACCUCAGGGGGCUCCUCCUGGCCCUCCCUGGCGAGCCCCCGGCCCUGGGCCAAAUCCUCUGUCCUGGAGCCCAGAGCAGCAGACGGGAGCAGCCUCUGGGCGGGGAGGGGGUCCCUGCCCCUCCGCCCUUUGAUCUCAGUGCCUUGCUCGGCUCUCCAGGGAAUCCCUGCAAGCCUGCUCCCCGCCCCCUCCAUCCCCGAGCAUCUCAACUGUCUUCAAACUUUGGACAGAGCGUGGACGCCAGGUCUUCUGAGGCCCACGGUGGUCUCGGGGAGGGGGACACGGGCUUUGUGAGAACACGGGGAGUCCGCGGGCGGUCCCAGCCCUCCCUUCCGGCGCCGGGGGGCAGCCCCCGGCCUGUGAGAAUACUGUGUCUCAAUAGGCCGCGACCUGCUUUCUCACUCUUGUCGCCCGUCUUCCGUCCUCACAGCUAGUCCAGCGUCCCGUUAUCUUCCACCCUCCUGGAAAGAUGCCCUUCCCCGUCCACCGUUGCAGCUGCCUCCCAGGAGGCCUUGCGGGGUGGGCGAGGCCGGGGUGUGUCCACGGUGACCCCGCCCCCUGGGGCUGGGACCCUCGCUGGGGGCUGCCCAGCUGUUUUGCUGAGAAGUCAAUUAAAACAUCUGUGCUUA